AUUUUAUGUGAAGACAUCAUUUCCUUUUUGAUUUUUGUAAUCAAUUGAAGUGAAGAAGACCCUGUUUCAGCAAACUGAUUUGUUGUUUUAGUAGUUGUUGUCUAGGGGAAAAGAAAAUGGAAAAAAUAGAAUGCUUCAAUUAUCUAUAGAGUAAAAUUUAGAAAAUUGGUUUUGCAGAUUCAAUGUCAGUGUGGAAUCUUCUUAGACAGUUCCAGAUCAGAAAGGUUCACAUGGCUGUUGUUCUUAAUGGAUAUGGCAGAACUGUUGGGAUAGUAACCUUAGAAGGUGUGGUUGAGGAGAUUGUUGGAGACAUCUUUGAUGAAAUUGAUUCAAAGGGAAGCCUAAUUACCUCAUCAAUGACCUUAAUGUUCUGUUACUGAAUCUGUUAUUGGGGGCAAGUCUUUUAACUAUAUAGAUAACUUUAGAUAUUGGAUUCUAUUAUUCCUCAGCAAGGGGAUGCUAAGAAAACUUGUUGAUGAAG